AUGGUGGAAGGAAAAGAAAUUGAAGACUACGACAGAAUAUUCAGUGUAGGUUUUACUUUUUCGUAUGGUACUAGACAAACCGCAUUAAACAGUGCUUAUUGUACAAAUUGGGCUAAAGGAUGGGAGACGGGUAUUCAAACUGAUGAUCCCGUAACUAGUGACAAAAUAGAUCUUGCAAUUUUGUUGAACCAAGCGUUUAAUAGACUUAAAAUACCAGCAAAGACCGUUGCAAUUCUAAACGAUACAGUUGGAACGCUUGUCGCUGGUUCAUACACUAAAGAACAAUAUUCCCCAGAUGCUAUGAUUGGUUUAAUAGCUGGAACAGGGUACAAUAUGUGUUAUUUUGACCCCCACGCUCAUCAGUACAAUUACAAAGGAAACGUUAUAAAUUUGGAAUGUGGAGGUUUUGACGGAUUUUUACCAAACAAUAUCAUUGAUCAUGAAGUUGACGACGCCACAGCACCGCACGGAUUACAACAUUUCGAAAAAAUGGUAGCUGGUUUAUACAUUCCAGAACUCGCACGAAGACUUAUUUUGAGAGUUUUCAGAUCUAAAGCUCCUAUGUUAUGCUGGUGUCAUGACUCCAUUACAACUAAAGCUGUGUUUAAAAUUAUGGAAGAUGAAACACCAGAUCUAGCUGUCGUUAAAAAUGCAGUUGCAACACUUUUCGAAUGGGACACCAAUACACUUUCUUUGACUGAACUUAACGCGAUAAAACAAAUCUGUAAAACCGUAAUUGUGCGUAGUUCGACCAUGAUUGCCGCUGCCAUCUCAGCCGUUGCUUCUUUGACUGGAAGAUUAUCGCCAGCGUCAGGAGGGCUUACAAUUGCAGUUGACGGCAGUAUCUACACAAAAAAUAAAAGCUACAGAGAUCUUCUAAGCGCUAAGCUCGUAGAUAUUUUAGGUCCGAAUCUUGCUAGGCUGAUUAAAUUCCAUAUUUCAUCUGAUGGUAGUGGAAUUGGAGCUGCAAUUCUGGCUGCUACCGCAAAUAAAAUCGUAUUAAGAAAUUGUUGA